AGCGGUGCGAGGCACGGCCUGACGAAUAGGUGCCAUAGCUGCGGCCGGCGCCGCGCCGCGAGAGCGCCGAAAUAAGCCGGCCGACUGUCAAAACAGCGCGGACGGGCGACUCGCGGGGCGCGGGAGGCCUGCAGGACCGACCGGACCUCAGACAACAGGUGCGGGCGGCGCGCGGAGGACGGUCGGCGCGGAGCGCUCCGAGCUCAGCCAGCGCCAGCCGUGUCCUUCGAUGGCGGCCAGGAUGCUGGACCGUCAGGCGAGUGUGAACAGCAGCCUGCCCCCGCCGUCGCCGUCGCCGUCGCAGCCGCCGCCGUCGCCGUCGCCGUCGUCAUACGACGAGGCUAGGAAGCAGCGGCUGUCGGCCAUGCUGGACACGCUGCCACCAGAGUUGGAGAGGCGGCUGUCCGUCCACCACGGCAUCAAGCUGCAACGAUAUGACACGACCAUCGACAAGCUGCCCGACAAGGUGCUGCUGCACAUCUUCUCGUUCCUGACGCACCGCGAGCUGAGCCAGUACGCGCGCGUCUGCCGCAAAUGGCGCCAGCUGGCCUACGACACGAGCCUGUGGUCGGUGGUCAGCCUGCGGCCGGAGGUCUCCGGACUCUACGUGCAGAGCACAGAGUUCCUGCAGGGACUCAUCAGCACGCGGUUCGGCGCCUCGCUGCGCUACAUCGAGCUGCCCAUCGAGCUCACCACCAACGCCGUGCUGCACGAGCUGGCCAGCAAGUGUCCCAACCUGACGUACAUGCUGCUCGACUUCUCCACGGCCAUGCAGCUGCACGACUUCAGCGAGAUGCAGGCGUUCCCCACUCGGCUGCGCUACCUGUGCAUCUGCCUCUCUGAGGUCAUCUUCAUGGAGGGCUUCAUGAGAAAAAUCUACAACUUCAUCAACGGCCUGGAGGUGCUACAUUUGAUCGGAACGUACGAGAAAAUUGAGGAGGAAGAGGAGGAGAUUUACGAGGUGGUGAACGUGCACAAGCUGAAGUCGGCCACGCCCAACCUGAGGGUGGUCAACCUGUACGGCAUCAACUUCGUGGACGACACGCACGUCGAGGCGUUCAGCUCCAACUGCAUCCAGAUGGAGUGUUUGGCCAUCAACUUCUGUGCCAAGGUCACGGGCUCGUCGUUCCGGAUCCUGUUCCAGCGCUGCAGAAAGCUCAAGUCCCUGCAGUGUCAGCAGACAAGUCUGAACAGCGAGCACGUCAUGGCGGUGGAGUGGGAGAAGACAAUGUUACAGGAGCUGGACAUCACUGCCACCGACCUGAGCACCGAGUGUCUGAUCGACCUGCUCACCAGGAUACCGGGCCUGAGGUGGCUGAGCGCCGGCCAGCAGGACGGCUUCACCGACCAGGUUCUGAAGGCCUACAUCGAGAAGGGCAAUCCGCGCAACCUGACGGCGCUCGACCUGGACCUGUGCGACAGUCUCUCCGAGGAGGGCCUGUUCGCCUUCCUCUACAAGUACGGCCACCAGCUGCACGGCCUGGUGCUAUCCGGCAUCCCGCACGUCAGCGACUCGCUCUGGCUCAAGGUCAUCCCGGCGCUGAAGAACGUCAGGAUCCUGAAGAUGGGUACCUUCACGCUGGAGGGUCUCAGUAAGAAGAUCCCCGUGGAUCAGAUAAUGGACGCGCUGGCCACCAGCUGCAGUCAGCUGGAGCGGCUCGAGAUCUGCUGGGACCCGGAGACCAUCCGGUUCUCCGACAAAAGUCAGAAGGCCAUUGACGCCGUCCGCGUGCGCUGUCUGAGACUGCGCUGUCUGGUGCUCAGUGACGGCAAAUACUACGAGGUGGUCAAGUCCAACUUCGAGCGGGCCGACCGGUCUACUGUGGUGCGAACGUCGACCACGUGCAAGGUGACCAACGCCUACCUGCUGAGCCACUACAACGACCUGCUCUUCAACUAGCUCGUCGGUCUGCCCGUCUGCCAGUCCGUCUGUUCAGUCUCCGUCUGAUCGUCUUCUGGUGACAGACGACUGUCGUCGGUGGCACGUCGUCUGCUGCCGUUCGGGCCAUGAUCACAAUGAGGAUCGGAGCCUAGGUCUCUGCCAAUGGCGGCAGUUCAGCCUCCACCGAAGUCAUGAGCACUGAGCAGUGAAUGUGCUCAGAAGUCGCUGUGCCUUCCAGCAGAGAAGUCGUCAGCGAUGUAUGCCAGGCGCCAGCUGUUUAGCUGAGACACGGGAGGGCCACGCCAGGCUCAAUCUCAGUCCCUCACCCGCUCUAAGGUGAGCAACACUGCGAUUCCCCCGAGGUGUAGUCAUUGGGACUCGACUUGCCAGGUUUACAGGCUUAUUUCAUUGCCCGUAACGGUAGGAAUGCUGCUCGCCUUUCUUAUGUUACAUUUUGCGUUUUAAACGGAACUGCCCAGUGCCCAUUGUGGACAUUGGACAACUUUGUGAGGCACGUUUUCCUGUGAGUUUCUAGUGAAUAUUGUCAAGUCCCAGGUCCCAAGAGCCUAGAGCGGUGUACUCAACAGAAGUGUAAUCUAAUGUAGUCACAUUGUCCACGCGCCAUUUAUUUUCGUCACGGUGGCGAAUGGCGGUGUGGCACGCCGGUGGCGGUGGCGGUGCCUGAUACAUGCCGGUGUCGAUUGAACGUGUCAAAAUGGGUCGUAGACUCGCUAUCGGAGCUACGAUAGCCCAACAUAUCCCCAAUAUACGACCGGUUACACCGUG